GGGGUGCUGUCCCAGGAGGUGCCCAUGAUCCCCCAGCCCAGCUACGCUCAGCCCGGCUUUGUUUACCACAUCUGCCUGCUGCGGGACAGGCUGCUGCUGCGCCAGGGGGACUGCGUGUAUCUCAUGAGGGACAGUCGGCGCGCUCCCGACGGACAGCCAGUCCGACAGUCCUACCGACUCCUCUCACACCUCAACCGGGACAAACUGGACAUCUUCCGCAUCGAGAAACUGUGGAAGAACGAGAAGGGGGAGCGCUUUGCUUUCGGACACCAUUAUUUCCGCCCCCACGAGACGCACCACUCUCCGUCGCGGCGUUUCUACCACAAUGAGCUGUUCCGCGUGCCGCUGUACGAGAUCAUCCCCCUGGAGGCCGUGGUGGGGACCUGCUGCAUGCUCGACCUCUACACCUACUGCAAGGGCCGGCCCAAGGGAGUGAAGGAGCAGGACGUGUAUAUCUGUGAUUACCGGCUCGACAAGUCUGCUCACCUCUUCUACAAGAUCCACCGCAACCGCUACCCCGUCUGCACCAAGUCCUACGCAUUCAACCACUUCCCCAAGAGACUGGCGCCCAAGAGGGACUUCUCGCCUCACUACGUUCCGGACAACUACAAGCGCAACGGAGGAAGAUCAUCGUGGAAAAGCGAGAGACCCAAACUGGGGUGCAAGGAGACGGUGGGGGGAGCGUGUGAGGAGGAGCCCCCACCAGCGCUGGACGAAGUGGGGCUGGGGGGCGAGGCAAGACCCAGGCUUGAGGAGACAGUGGUGGCCGGGGGUGAGGCAGAGACGGAGAGGGGGAACGAAAGAGAGAGGGAGAGGGAGAGAGAGAAAGAGCGCCCUCCCAGACAGGACCAGCAGCAAGGAGCUGAGGAAGAGGAAGAGGAGGAGGAGGAGGAAGAGAGGGAGCGGCGGCCAGAGGAGGAGGAGGAGGAGGGAGAGAGGGAGAGGGAGGCCCCCUUACUGGAGCUCGGACCCCCCAGUGAGAGGAGGGGGGCUCAGAGAGAGCGGCUGAACAAGAUAUUGCUUCACCUGCUGCACAGGAUCCCUGGGAAGAAUGUGAUUGAUGUCACCUAUCUCCUGGAGGAAGGCUCGGGUCGGAAGCUGCGCAGGAGAACCCUGGGAAUAGGAGACGGAGCCAGCUACAGGAAGUGAGGUCACUGCGGGGGGGAGGGGCAGAGCCAGCUACAGGAAGUGAGGUCACCGCAAAGGGGGCGGGGCCUGAGCCCGAACCCGGAGCGGCGAGCCGGGAAUCGGAACAAACGCGAAGGAACUAGAGGAGAAAACAAAGAGAGGGAGAGAGAGAGAGAGAGAGAGAGAGAGAGAGAGAGAGACUCUCCAAGCCUGGGUUUGAACCGUGGACUGCGGUACUGCCACCAGCCCACGCCCCCUUCUCUCUCUGUCACGCGGGAAGGCGUGUGCGUGUGUGCGUGUGCUUUCCGUGACGGCGUAUCUUUCAAAGCUGAUGCCAUCGUUGUGUGAAGGUGUGGAGACUGUCAAACAGACACCAAAAGAAGCUUGCUCUUAAUAAUGAUAAUGAUAACGAUAAUGAUAGAUACAGGGAGAGGACUGAGGCUCCCGGUACAGAGCAGUGUGAUCCGGGCCUGGUUUCAUAAUCACACACACCUGAGCUUGUUUCCUGGACACACUGGGGGCUGAUCAAACUCUCAACAAAAGCUUUACAAAGUAAUACUGUUAUUAUCAUUAGUUUUAGUAUUAUUAUUAUUAUUAGUAUUAUUAGUAGUAGUAGUAGUAUUAUUAUUAGGAUUAUUAACCAUGGCUAGGAUGUCAUUUGUUGAGGAUGAUUUUAUUUGAUUUCUUUUUCUACUUUUUUUUUUUAAUCGGCUGUUUGUUUGUUUAUUUUUUUUUUUUUUUUUAAUGUCUGCAGUGAGUCGUACAAAACAAAACAAAUUCAAAAUAAGCAAAAAAAAAAAAAACCACACAGUGAUUUGUAAGGAUCCAUUCCACAGGCAGACUUCUGCAAGAAACACACAGCCAGCUCGCUGGACUUCACAGUCUGGGAGAGGAACAGUUUCUGAAGAGGACUUGACUGACAGACAGACAAAAGGAUGUGAAAAAUAUAUUCUAAAUAAAAAGCGUUUGCCUUCUGGGCCUGAGAGAGUUUCAGCAGCUUUGCGGUACACUGCAGAUUAAAAACGAAACGAAACGAAACGAAACGAAACACUACAGCUAACCAGCUCCCCGAGCGCCGCGCUGCUCCAGCGAAGAGCUUUCAAUACCCUCCGGCAUUUCAUUUCAUCCUGGGAUCAUGAAGGGCAGACGCACGCACGCACGCACGGACACACGCACGCACGCACGCACACGCACGCACGCAGAUGCAGCUGUUUAUUCGGACACCGAUUUUAAAAAAAGGGCUCUCUUUUUUUUUGUGUGUGUGUCACAAAUCCCUCAAACAAAAUAACGAAGACAAAAAAAAAAAAGGUUUUAUUUUUUAAGUUUUCUUGUAAAGGUCAGCGUUUGGUAAACGUGCAUCCAGCGUGUGGUGUUUGAAAUAUUGUGAAUGACGACGAUGACGACGAUGACGUCCCAUUCGAAUGACGUGCCACGCUCUCUGUGUAGAUGAUUCGUGUACAUAAGAGCGCCUGCGCGGCGCCUUUUAUAUUGGAACGCUAUGUAUUAUAAUAAUGUUAUUAUUAUUAUUAUUAUUAUUAUUAUUAUUAGUAUUAUUAUUAGGAGUAUUAACCAUGGCUAGGAUGUCAUUUGUUGAGGAUGAUUUUAUUUGAUUUCUUUUUCUACUUUUUUUUUUUAAUCGUCUGUUUGUUUGUUUAUUUAUUUUUUUUUUUUAAUGUCUGCAGUGACUCGUACAAAACAAACCAAAUUCAAAAUAAGCAAAAAAAAAACACCCACACAGUGAUUUGUAAGGAUCCAUUCCACAGGCAGACUUCUGCAAGAAACACACAGCCAGCUCGCUGGACUUCACAGUCUGGGAGAGGAACAGUUUCUGAAGAGGACUUGACUGACAGACAGACAAAAGGGUGUAAAAAAUAUAUUCUAAAUAAAAAGCGUUUGCCUUCUGGGCCUGAGAGAGUUUCAGCAGCUUUGCGGUACACUGCAGAUUAAAAACGAAACGAAACGAAACGAAACGAAACGAAACGAAACACUACAGCUAACCAGCUCCCCGAGCGCCGCGCUGCUCCAGCGAAGAGCUUUCAAUACCCUCCGGCAUUUCAUUUCAUCCUGGGAUCAUGAAGGGCAAACGCACGCACGCACGCACGCACGCACGGACACACGCACGCACACGCACGCACGCACGCACACACACGCACGCACGCACGCAGAUGCAGCUGUUUAUUCGGACACCGAUUUUAAAAAAAGGGCUCUCUUUUUUUUUGUGUGUGUGUCACAAAUCCCUCAAACAAAAUAACGAAGACAAAAAAAAAAAAGGUUUUAUUUUUUAAGUUUUCUUGUAAAGGUCAGCGUUUGGUAAACGUGCAUCCAGCGUGUGGUGUUUGAAAUAUUGUGAAUGACGACGAUGACGUCCCAUUCGAAUGACGUGCCACGCUCUCUGUGUAGAUGAUUCGUGUACAUAAGAGCGCCUGCGCGGCGCCUUUUAUAUUGGAACGCUAUGUAUUAUAAUAAUGUUAUUAUUAUUAUUAUUAUUAUUAUUAUUAUUAGUAUUAUUAUUAGGAGUAUUAACCAUGGCUAGGAUGUCAUUUGUUGAGGAUGAUUUUAUUUGAUUUCUUUUUCUACUUUUUUUUUUUAAUCGUCUGUUUGUUUGUUUAUUUAUUUUUUUUUUUUAAUGUCUGCAGUGACUCGUACAAAACAAACCAAAUUCAAAAUAAGCAAAAAAAAAACACCCACACAGUGAUUUGUAAGGAUCCAUUCCACAGGCAGACUUCUGCAAGAAACACACAGCCAGCUCGCUGGACUUCACAGUCUGGGAGAGGAACAGUUUCUGAAGAGGACUUGACUGACAGACAGACAAAAGGGUGUAAAAAAUAUAUUCUAAAUAAAAAGCGUUUGCCUUCUGGGCCUGAGAGAGUUUCAGCAGCUUUGCGGUACACUGCAGAUUAAAAACGAAACGAAACGAAACGAAACGAAACGAAACGAAACACUACAGCUAACCAGCUCCCCGAGCGCCGCGCUGCUCCAGCGAAGAGCUUUCAAUACCCUCCGGCAUUUCAUUUCAUCCUGGGAUCAUGAAGGGCAAACGCACGCACGCACGCACGCACGCACGGACACACGCACGCACACGCACGCACGCACGCAGAUGCAGCUGUUUAUUCGGACACCGAUUUUAAAAAAAGGGCUCUCUUUUUUUUUGUGUGUGUGUCACAAAUCCCUCAAACAAAAUAACGAAGACAAAAAAAAAAAAGGUUUUAUUUUUUAAGUUUUCUUGUAAAGGUCAGCGUUUGGUAAACGUGCAUCCAGCGUGUGGUGUUUGAAAUAUUGUGAAUGACGACGAUGACGUCCCAUUCGAAUGACGUGCCACGCUCUCUGUGUAGAUGAUUCGUGUACAUAAGAGCGCCUGCGCGGCGCCUUUUAUAUUGGAACGCUAUGUAUUAUAAUAAUGUUAUUAUUAUUAUUAUUAUUAUUAUUAUUAUUAUUACGAGUGCUGAUAUUGAUGUUGUUAAUCGUAUUAUAAUUGUUAUUAAUAGUAUUAUCGUGGCUGCAGGUAUAAUUGUCGUUUUUCUUACCCUCUCCGUUGUUGUUGUAUUAUUUCAAACUAGUUUUUUUUUUUUGUAAAAAAAAAAAAUAAUAAUUAAAAAAAAAAAUAAUUACAGCUACUGCAUAAUUUGAAAAAAAUAAUCACUUAGUCUGCAAAGAUGAAUGCGUGUGCGUGUGUGUGUGUAUAUACACAUAUAUACACACAUUAUAUAUACACACAUAUAUGAUUCUAACAUUAGAUCACAGCUGGCUCUUUGAGCUAAUAUAUAUAUAUAUAUAUAUAUAUAUAUAUAUAUAUAUAUAUAUAUAUAUAUAUAUAUAUAUAUAUAUAUAUAAUUAAAAAUUCAUAUUUGCAAACCAAGUGAUUUUUCUUCGUUUUUUUGUAUCGUUAUUCUAUAUCAGUAAUGCAGUUUGAAGCGGCUCGGGUGCGUGGAUUUCCUUGUGCUGUUCAGAGAGAGAGUGUGUGAAAUACUCUGAGAUUUCUGUAGAGACGCGCGAACACAUUUCUGUGUUUCAAAACGCGUCGCAGAGAGAGAGAGACGCGGGUCAGACACUAAACUGAAUAAAUACAACAUAUGCUUUUAAACCUCAGUAGGAAAAAAAAACAGAACAAAACAAACACAAAAAAACAGAACACUAGUUUAGAUAAUGGAAUGUUAUUGGAAGAAUUAUUUUAGACGCUUAAAUAUUAUUAUUAUUAUUAUUAUUAUUAUUAUUAUUAUUAUUAUUAUUAUUAUGAUUAUGAUUAUGAUUAUGAUUGUAUUUUCAAUUCUGAAAUGAUUUUUUUUUUGUUUUUAUUUUAUUGUAUAGAUUUUGUGUGUGUUUUUUAAUAAAAGCAUACCCUGUUGCUAAACUGCAA